AUGGGAAGCCAUGUGGGUUGUUGGAGUAUAAUAGAAGAAGAAGCUGGUUGGAGAAAGGGGCCUUGGACUGCUGAAGAAGACAGACUUCUAAUAGAGUAUGUCAGAAUGCAUGGUGAAGGAAGAUGGAACUCAGUCUCAAGACUUGCAGGACUGAAAAGAAAUGGAAAGAGUUGCAGAUUGAGGUGGGUGAAUUAUCUGAGACCAGACCUCAAGAGAGGUCAGAUAACACCACAAGAAGAGAGCAUAAUUAUAGAGCUUCAUGCUAGGUGGGGAAACAGAUGGUCAACAAUUGCAAGAAGCUUGCCAGGUAGAACAGAUAAUGAGAUAAAGAAUUAUUGGAGGACUCACUUCAAGAAGAAGGCAAAAAGUCCCAUUAAUGUAUCCGAAAAGGCAAAAAAUCGCCUUUUGAGAAGGCAGCAGUUUCAACAACAACAAAAACAGCAGCAACAAUUGCAAUUGGACAUGAAAGGUAUUGUGGCCUUGCUUGAAGACAGUAACAAUCAUUACGAAGUGCCUUCUACCCUUUGUUCAAUGGCCAACUUCUAUCCAAACAACGCAGAAGAACAAGGCUGCUUCUACUCAAUGAUCAGUACUAUUGAUAAUAAUGACAAUUCCUCUGCACCAGAAGCCUUAAAUGAAGAGAUUUUGUGGGACGGCCUUUGGAAUUUGGAUGAUUUUCAUGGAAACUUCAGUGCAACUAAUACUACAAGCAAAGCCAAUCUGCACAAUCUGGUCGUUUCCUGAAUUUUUAGGUCUAUUAAAUUAGCUCUAGUCUCUGAAAUUAAUGAGUGGUUAAGUUAGUCUUGAGAAUUUAGAAUUUAAGGACUGGCUCUUUCAUUGACUAACUUUUAUAGCUUAGUCUUUUCCCCUUUUUGGGGUUAGUUUCGAGCUUAGUUAUCGGAAUUGGAUGACUCCAAAGAAAUGAAAAUUUUGGAGUUGGAUCAAUUAUUGCAUAAGGUGUGGUCUUGACGU